UCAAAAUGCCUUCAUCGCAGAAAAUGGCUCCUCUAACACAACUUCCUGAUAUUCUGAAACAGUACACAAAAGACUGCAUCAGGGCUCAGCCUGCAGACAUAAUUCAGUGGUCCACAGAUUACUUUAACAACAUGUCCAAUGGGCCAUUCCGUUCACAAAAACCAAAGGAAGAAAAUUCAUCAUCUCUACCUCCAUGCAAACCAACACUUACAUCGGGUUUAUUACGGGCCUUACAUGCACAAGUGAAUGGAAGAUUAAUAAUACCAGCAAAAGAAGUUGAACAAAAAUGGAAUGAUCUCGGCCUGCCAGCAGAUACACUAAGACGCAUAAUGACCGUCGGUGCUUUUGGCGUGGAGAUUGAAUGGAUGAAAUUUUUUGCAUUGUGCUGCAGUACACUUGAUCCUAACAUUACAAAUGCCAUGAAAUAUGCAUUCGAGAUUUUAAGUUCGAGGGAAGAUGGUGGUCGAAUCCCUUACACGACAUUUAGAUUCCUCUACAGUUACCUUGCCAUGAUAGAUGGCGAAAUUCAUCGAUCACAGAUUGAAAAGAUGCUUAACAACAUUGAACGGCAGGUAGCUGAAAAUGAUGGACUUGUCAAAGUGAGUGAUUUCACCAACUGCUGACUGCACAAGUAAUAAAUCAUGCAGGAACUUCAGAAACAUGAAGGUUACUGAAUAGAUGAAAUUGAUGCCAUCUUUAGAAGCAAUGAAGUACUUGGUAAUGAAGUACUUUUUCAGUUACACUGCUUAAGUUUGCAUACAACAAUAAACCUCUUAAUCAAG